GGAAACUCAUUUCCUUGGGAGUAAUCAAAAUUAUGCCGUUCCGUAGGACAACUCUCUCUCAACUGCGACUGCAAUCGCAAUCGCAAUCGCAAUCGCAAACGCAAACGCAAUCGCAAACGCAAUCGCAAUCGCAAUCGCAACCAGGUCCCUGCGCGAAUCGAAGCACAAUGACAUCCAUCUACUCAGCCGCUAAGGCAAGAAGGGAAUCACAACCGAAACAGGAGCACCAACAGCAACGGCGGCGGCGUACAGGCAAGCGCAAUUUCGUUGUUGGAAGCAUCGCCAUACUCCUCGGUUUGUGCUUUACGGUGGAGAACAUUGGCUGGUCCAAAUCGAUCGCUAAUGAAUUGACCAGCCGGCAUUUCCAAGAAGACGGAAACGGAUUCGGGUAUAACUCGAGAAGCGCCAGAGGAGGAGGGUCGGGAUCUGCGUCUGCCUUCUGUUUGCUCAUAAAGGACGACAACGACAUUCUACGAGAAUGGAUUGCCUAUCACUACCACGUUUUUCGCAUGCGGCGAUUGAUCGUGGCAAUUGAUCCGGACAGCAGAACCUCCCCUCUAGAAAUCUUGCGGUCCUGGACUAGUGAAAACUCCCACGAGGGUCGGUUUCACCUUGAUUUCACUCUCUGGAAGGAUGAAGACUACACGCCGGAGUUUUUCCACGGGGAAGAAAAAGAUUACUCAAAAAUACCCAUCUCGGUCGGCCAGGAGGUUACUUUCGAGGAGAACGAGGGCGUCGGUUCCAAUAGCGCAAAAACAGCUGCCGACAUUCAAAACAGACCCAUUCUUAAGACGUAUUGGCACCGGAACGAAACCUAUGCCAAAGAAAAUCAAGAUGAGGUCWUACGCAGUACGCUUCUAGUCAACAACCACCGGUUUCGGCAAAAGAAUUUUGUCAGCGAGUGCUUUCGUAAGAUCAAAGAAGAACAAAUCGUUCAACAGCACCAAAACCAGAAGCAGCAAGACGUUGUUUCGUGGACCGUUCACAUCGACACAGACGAAUUCUUGGUGCCCAAUCCAUGGAUUACUUCCUACGUUGCCAGCAACGCAAGCAGGAGCGAAAACAAUUCCAGUACACACGGACACAAACAAGAGAACCCUGCAUUCCGGAAAUCGACUGGUUUCCGCAUGCGAGAGCUGGAAUCAUUCUAUCCCAGGCUGCCUUUGGAUGRUUCCUUGUGGACUUUUUUCAAUAAUUAUCUGGGCACAGMRGCCAAGCGUUAUGGCGCGUGUGUCAUGAUGCCACGAAUAUUGUUUGGAUCAAGGGAAGAAGGUGACGGUGCUUCCACCACGGCAACGGAAACAUUAAGUGCUCGCAGCACUAGCAACACAACCGAUACGAUAAUAGCUUCGUGGAACCACACCAAGUUCGAAUCUCUCAGGUGGAAGUACCACACCGAUUUCGAGUCAAGCAACGAACGACCAAAAUCCAUGGUGAACGCCGGGCUGCUGACUUUGCCACAACCACGCGCAUUUUUAGAGAAAAACCGCGGAGAAUCGAUUUUUCGUGGCAACAAGCUUGUCCGGAGCAUCCACAGGCCCUUGAAAAACUGCCCGGGUGAACCCAAGAUCAUCUACAACACAAGGCACUACAACCAACCGUUGGCGGUCUUUCACUAUCUGGGCUCCCUCGAGCGCUACAUGAAGCGGCCGGAUGUGCGACGGGACCCGGUUGUCUAUCACCGGUACAACAGUAGAGCAAAUUCUGCCAUUGGGGAUCUGAACCAUAACGCCAGCGAACCCAAGAACGAUACCGACAACGACAUUCACCGUCCCCCCAGGUGGAUGGCUGGCUGGCUGGACGAGUUUGUCAAAACCCACGGGGCAGAAGCCUCCUUUUCGGUUCUCGGUGAAACCUAUGGAUCCCUCCGWAGAACUACACCAACAUCGUUGGAAGCACAGAAAUCGGCGWAGCAACUCGCGCUGUUCGACGCAUGACAUGACGUYUUUCCCCCGAUCAAUGGUUUAGAAUCUUUCGUGUUGCGCUUGGGUGCGAUGUUUCCCUCGCCCUUCCUUGGYGUACGCUGAGGCAAGGCAGAUAAAUGCACGAAAGUAUGGUUAUCCCAUACAUAGGUAUUGUUCGUUGCAGAUUGUAAUCGAGCAGAUGUUCAUGAMCAAUGUACAGUUGUUCGAAAUAAAUUAAGUGAUACUGCGUAUGGUACGUACUUUUGUUAGCUUCCCKCGGCAUUUUUCUCGUCAUAUCGGUACCCGUACUUUUGCACAKCUACCUAGGACGGACAGGGCUGUGCCCACACCAAUUUAUUUCCCUGAUGCAUCAUCAACGGUAGCGUGAUCGGCGGAAAGAACAACGACGCAAGCACGAUCCUAUGUAUUCCAUACGCUGCCGCCAUGAAGAGAACAAACGUGCCGUAGAGGAACUUACUACGAACCUCCCGAGUCCAACAUCAUACGAGUAGUUUGUUGGUGAGGCAAGGUGAUCCGCCUCUAGAAGACCCCCUCCAGACUUUGACAAGGUGUCUCGUAUGUUUAAGGAGCAAAGAUUUAUGUUGGAGUACCGAUGUUGCAGCCUUUAUUCUUCUUGCMUUCGUACCGUACUUCAAGGAAUAAGAGUCCUAUUCUCUA